GUUUAUCCAUACGAGAACAGUCUUUCAGACAUUUAUGUACGUAACAUUGCUUAAUGAUGAACGUCUAUCUGUUAUUGAGUGCGCUGUUGUGUGGCGUGUAUUUCGAGCUGGUCACGGGAACUGACGCGCCCUGGCCAACGCCAACGCCAAAGCCAACAACACCACCUUUCUGGUGGUAUUGCAGAUUCCCUGACGCAACUAAACCUUUCGAGCACUGUCGCAGUGGAAGAUGUUCUGGAUCAGGACUAAGGUGUGUCAACAUACAUUCAGUUGUAACCCGUCUUCCCAUAGAGACGAAGACACCGACUGGACCGACAAGAACUCCACCGACAAGAACUCCACCGACAAGGUCGACCACGCCAUGGACGACUAAACUUUAUGGUUAUACGUCGACGCCAUUGCCUCUAUUCCGUGCUAAGAGGUGUACCCUUAGUACGUCCUUUCCAUUGUGGUAUCGGUGUGUCCCCGUAGAGUACAUCAUAGGAUAG